AUAGUGAAGAGACUCUUAAUAUUAUUAACAUUGCAUUCAUUCACAAAAUAAAAACACUAUCACUACUACACUAUAAAAAUUUAAGUAUUAUUUAAUACAUUACAACAACAACACCAACAUUAUGAAUGAAUUAUUGGUCGUCGACAACGAUAUCAUUAUAAAUAUAUGGUAGUUAUUGUUGAAGACAUUGGUUGAAGACAAUAGACUUUUGAAGACCACAUUUGUUUGUUUUUUUUGAACUGAAAAUAUUGUUGUCUAAUAAAAACCUAUUGAAUCACAAUUUUGGACGACAUACAAUAUAAACGGUAAUCGUUUGUAUUAUCGACCGACUCUAUCGUUUAAUGGCUAGCACUAGAUGGCCGGUGGCUAUGGAUCUCAUGAGACAUCAUCAUCGCUGCUAUAGUGGGGUCAAUGGUGUCAAUGGUAGUAACGGUGGUGGUGUUGGCAGUAAACAAUUGAAGGUGAGAAAGGUCUGUUGCCUGGACGAGACGGAUAAUAUGCCCCCACCGCCGCCCUCCUCCUCCUCCUCCCGGUCCUAUCGGCUAUAUAUGGGACCCAACAGUCCCAUGCAAAAGGUUCCCUCAAUGAGCGAUCUAUUGGAAGAGAGCAGCAGCUCCUCAAUGGACCUACCGACACAAGUGCCGCCACUAACGCCCGGCACCAACCAAAAGAUGACACAGGCAUUGACGGCCAGCUUUUAUAGUUGGGACAAACAGAGAGAAGCACUCAACAUAACUAAAGAUCCUCGCCAGUGGUCCGAACUUGAUGUCAACGAUUGGCUAGUCUGGGCUAUCCGUGAGUUUUGUCUGGAAGGUGUCAAUACUACCAACUUUAUGUCAAUGAAAGGCAAAGACAUGUGUAACUUAGGAAAGGAGGCUUUCCUAGCCCGGGCGCCCCCUUUUAUGGGCGACAUUCUAUGGGAACACUUGGAUAUACUUCAAAAAGAGGUAGAUAAGGAACGGUCAUCGUCGACGACAUCACUGGAGAACGUACCGUCCAAUUACUACGAGCCCUGUAUGCCUGACUUUAACGAAUUUUUCCAACAAUCGGGCCCCGGCUAUACACUGGCCAACGAACAAAAGGCUACGCCAGUGAUGAACGGUACGGCCAUUAGCAGCAGCGGUGGCGGUCCAUCGUCAUCGGUAACCACUACCACCACCAUAGCCAACAGUCCCUCAACCAAUGGAUCAUUCACUGACGCUCCGUCCUAUCUACACAUUACCGAAUCGAUGCUUACGUUAAACGAUUGUCAUGACGACCUGGCCCUCGGCCACAGUCGCUAUGAGGACAACCACGACGGCUACGGUCUGGACAGUCAGACGACUACCUUUCUGGACGGUUCCGAAUUCUAUCCGACCGCCCAUCUGAUGACCGAAAGUAAAUAUUCGCCACAAUUCACAACAAAUAAAGCUUACAAUAAUAGAGGUCCGAAUAAUCGCCUCUUUGGUCGGUAUCCGACACAUGACAUGAAUGCAAUGGUCGACUACUCGUCACAUCAAUACGAACCGCCACUCCAGACGGUUCCGUCAUCAGUACCGCCGACACCGUCGCCAGAGCAAUGGCCACAGGAAAUGAGUCCGCACAGCAAUAGCGGUACACCAAAUGGUUUAUCGGGUGGUCCGCCACAACACCAUAACCAGCACGUCGGUGGUCAACAACAGCAACAUCACGGCCAACAACAACAACAACAACAACAGUCGCAUCAUAUCACACAUCAUAAUCCGCACACGACAUACACACAGUUACAUCACAUCCGAGACACAAACAAUCAGGCGCUGACACACUUGUCCCAAAUGCAUAGUCCAAGUACUCAACACCACCAUCAACCGCAUCAGACACUAUCAUUGCAUAGCAGUCAGACAACCAUCGAUGGAAAGCCUGUCAUUCAAGCGGCUGUUCUCGCAGUAGGGAGUGGACCGAUACAGUUGUGGCAGUUUUUACUGGAACUGCUGACAGACAAGGCCUGCCAGAGCUUUAUCUCGUGGACGGGUGACGGCUGGGAAUUCAAACUGACCGAUCCCGAUGAGGUGGCCCGUCGAUGGGGUGUCAGGAAAAAUAAACCAAAAAUGAAUUACGAGAAACUAAGUCGAGGACUUCGCUACUAUUAUGACAAAAACAUUAUCCAUAAGACAGCCGGCAAACGAUACGUCUACCGGUUUGUCUGCGACCUCCAGUCCCUACUGGGCUACAGUCCUGAAGAUUUGCACGCAAUGGUUGAUCUCAAACUUGAAAAGAAAGACGACGACUAAAACUAAAAACUUUUUAUUUGUCUGAUUUUAUUUUUUUUUUGGACACACAAUACAAAACAAAACAAAACAAUAUAUUAUAUAUGAUAUCUGAUAAUUGAUAUCAAAUACUAAUAGUUGUUAAUUAUUAUUAUUAUUAUUAAUUGAUAAUUAUAUUA